UGAACAACGGACGCUGCUCUACCGAGGAACAAAUCAUGGAAGUUUUGUUGAACAUGUGCCCUCGUAACGACAGUGAAAGCUGCAAAAUGGACCUGCAGUCCUCCGGCCUGCACUCCGCUCAGCAGUCUCCGCAAUACAUCGUUCCUUCCCCGAACCACCCGAGCGCCUCCCCCAACAGCAACAGCAACCAGAGCUUCUACGGCACCUCGAACGACGCGCACAGCAUGGACGCCUCGCCCUACCUCCAGGUUUCUUCCCCACAGUACCAAGUGCCAUCCCCGCAUUACCAAGUGCCAUCUCCCCAGCAGUCGCUGCAGCCCCAGAGCGCGUCACCAGGCUACCAGAUGCAACAGUCUCCCCAGUACCAGUUCGGCAGGUUCACGGACCAGACGGUACCUCUGUCACCCAACCAGCCGAUGUCGGGCGACUCUCUCAUUAGCAGUCCACAGAUGACCAGCAAUAUACUCCAGCAACAGCCGCUGCAGAAUCAACAUCAACAAAACAUUCCUCAGAUUCAGUUCCAGGCGGAUUUAUCCCUGCCAAUGCUACAGCAACAACAGCACACUAUGAUGCAACAUAACAGGAUCAAUUCUCUACAACUACAGCACAGCAACGUGAUGUCGCUUAACGAGCCAACCAUUCCCUCGCAAAGUGACCCCGACAUUACGGUAUCGGAAGGCAGUCUGUGGGAUUUCAGCAAUUUGGUUCAGAGUACAGCGCCUACAGGACUGGACGACUUGGACUUCCCAGACCCCAUCUCUCUAGACACCAUCAACCCAGACCUCUUCCCUGGCUCAGACCUGCGCACUGACGGCGUGGUUUACAAACAAAAAUCAGUGAAGAAGGAGGCAAGCGUUGCGUCUCUGACCGAGUCUCUUGCUCGUGCGUCCCUGGCGAGCGCCGACACUGCAGCAGGCGAGGAAAAGGUCGCGUCAGAGACAGCGAAGGAAGAAACCAUCUCAGGUGUAAGCCUCAAGUCGCGGUCAGUGGACGUGGCGUUCCGUGUGGCCGUGAGCGCCGCUGAGAGCCUGCAGGCGUACGCGGCCACGGGCGAUCUGGCCAGGCUGCUGGCGACGCACCGCUACCNUUUAAUUUCAUUAUGUGCGCCUCACACCAUCUGCAACUGA